AUAUUUAUAUGUAUAAAUAGAUAGAGGCACAACAAGGCAGCCCAAGCCACUUCUUCUUCUUCUUCUUCUUAACUCACUCACUGUAUGGAGUCCAAGCAAUUCUUCCACUAUUUAACUCUUUUAACUUUGUUAAUUUAUAAAUAUAUUUGUUAAAAAAUAGGUUAUUAUGUUCCCACAGUCCACAUCCAGUGACUAUUCUACUCUAAAUAAAUAAAUAAAUAAAUAAAUAAAUAUUUGGCUUGUUCCGAGUUCAUUCAUUCACACUUGGCUUUAUUUUUUUAAUAAUUAAUAUCCCCUGCUUUUAUUGAUGUUUAUAAAUAUAGAAAAUUGGUAAGAGAGAGGUUGAAAUGGGGAAGCAAGGAAAGACCCCAAAUAUACAAAACGCUAAGCUGAUCUGAUCUGAUCUGAUCCAACCAUAGAAAUGGAUUCCAAACAAGCUGAGAUAAUCUCUCUCCCUUCUCUGCCUUCUGAUCCAAUAACCAGGUGGUGGAGUAGUGAGACAGUUGGGAUAGUGACAGGAGGUAACAAAGGAAUUGGGUAUGCGAUGGUGAAGAGGCUUGCAGAGAUGGGAGUGACAGUUGUGCUAACAGCAAGGGAUGAAGACAAAGGAAGAAAAGCCAUAGAAAAGCUCAAAACUGAAUUAACACAUAUUAACACAAACAACAUUCACUUCCUUUGUUUGGAUGUUUCAGACCCUUCUUCCAUUGCUUCCUUUGUCUCCUCUUUCAACCAACACUUUGGUCUCCUCCACAUUCUUGUGAACAAUGCAGCAGUAUCUUUCAACGACAUUGGAGAGAACUCAGUAGAGCAUGCUGAGACAGUAAUUAAAACCAAUUUCUACGGAGCCAAGUUACUGACUGAGGCCCUCUUCCCCUUGUUUUGUCUCUCUUCUCCCAACACUUUUCGUUUACUUAACAUUUCUUCAAGACUUGGCUCUACUAACAAAUUGAAAAACCCUAUUAUAAGAAAGAUUUUGGAGAAAGAUGAUGUGACAGAAGAGGAGGUGGAUGGAAUGGUGAGAUUGUUUCUAGAAGAUGUGAAGAGGGGGCAGUGGAGGAGCCGAGGGUGGCCGGAUCUGUGGACGGACUACGCUGUGUCUAAGCUAGCAAUGAAUGCUUACACAAAGAUAUUAGCAAAGCGGUACGAGGGGAAAGGGUUGAGCGCCAAUUGCUUUUGUCCUGGCUACACUCAAACCUCCAUGACUCGAGGAAAGGGCACCCACACUGCCGAUGAUGUCGCCCGUGUCGGCACCAAGCUUGCUCUCCUCCCUCCACUCCAGUUACCUACCGGAAAAUUCUUUAUUAUAGGGGCUCAUAACACUUCUGUCAUUAUUCAUGCUAGAUUGUAACACCUAUCUAUAUUAGAUUAAUUAUAAAUACAUCUUUUAAUUUGGCAUGCCAAAAUAGUUUUCUACACACAUUACCUACUUUUUCAAAAUUCUCUAAAAAUUACAAAAGAGAAUGCUAAUUAAACUCACAUAAUGUGAUAUGUUAUAUUAUAAUAGGGCUAUUUGUGGUGAAAUCCCACUAACAUUUGCAAUUGUUGCGUAUAUGACUAAUAAAAAAAAGUGGUUGUAAAAAUAUCUUAUC